CAAACACAAACUGGACUUUGCUUUGCAACUUUUCACGGCUACAAAAGACUUGAUUAGAUACAAUUUCCUGUCUCAUCAGAAAACGAUAAGCAGAUGGCCAAUGAGGCUAAGCCAUGCCCCUGUGAUAUUGGGGAUCGGAUGGAGUAUGGAGGGCUCGGCCAGGAAGUCCAAAUAGAGCACACUAAAGCUUAUCUAGUAAAGCCAUCCAAUGCAUCUGAUAAGGCCAUCAUUGUCAUACAAGACAUCUAUGGGUGGCAGCUUCCCAACACCAGAUACAUGGCUGAUAUGCUGGCUGCCAAUGGAUACAUUGCUGUUUGUCCAGACUUCUAUGUUGGAAAGGAGCCAUGGAGUCCAUCACAUGACUGGUCCAAAUUUGAGGAGUGGCUUGAAGACAAAAAACCGACCAGCAUCAAUAAAGAAGUGGAUGCAGUGCUGAGGUUCCUGAAGGAGCAGUUCGGGGCCAAACACAUCGGAGCAGUGGGCUUCUGCUGGGGAGGGGUCGCCACACAUUACCUGGCCCUGCAGUACCCAGAGGUCAAAGCUGGAGUGUCAGUCUAUGGGAUUGUCCGCGAGGGGGAGGACAGGUAUGAGUUGAAGAGUCCUACUCUGUUCAUCUUUGGGGAGAAAGAUCAUGUUAUCCCCCUGGACCAGGUGAGCGUCCUUGAAGAAAAGCUGAAGGAGAAAUGCACGGUGGAUUACCAGGUCAAGAUCUUUCCUGGUCAGACUCAUGGGUUUGUCCAUCGUAAGAGAGAGGACAUCAACCCUGCUGAGAGACCAAGCAUUCAGGAGGCCAGAACAGAUAUGCUGAACUGGCUGAACAAGUAUAUGUAACUGAGGAGGUCAGAUGAGCCAGCAGCACAACAGUCCAGGAUAUAU